UUUGGUGGCCUCAAAAUAAGGACACGCUGCGUGAAGUAAACUUUCACGUACCCACCCGUGCAACAAACGUACCCACUUCCAUUGACCCAUUUUAAGUCGAAAAGACCCUGUAAAGAAGAAUUAUUCUUUUAAAUAGUAACGGGUCUUUUCACAAAUAAAUCAACUUUAUUGGUUGUCGUGUUAAAGACGACUUUAGUGUAACAUUCUUACAUGAACAAAGAACGUGCUACAUUUGCCAAUACAGAUAGUUGAAAAGAACAUAGAAAGAUGACCGGACAGGCAAAUGUUGUAGGAAUUCAUUACAAAGUUGGCAGAAAGAUUGGAGAAGGAUCUUUCGGUGUCAUCUUUGAGGGGACAAAUUUGUUGAAUAACCAGCAAGUUGCUAUAAAAUUUGAACCAAGACGGAGUGAUGCUCCUCAACUCAGAGAUGAAUAUCGUACUUACAAGCUGCUGGCAGGAUCUUUAGGAAUUCCCAACGUAUAUUAUUACGGACAGGAGGGCCUCCAUAAUAUUUUAGUUAUCGAUUUGUUAGGCCCUAGUUUAGAGGAUCUGCUUGAUUUGUGUGGUCGCAGAUAUAGCGUUAAAACUGUCGCUAUGGUUGCUAAACAAAUGAUUUCUCGAGUCCAGGCUAUACACGAACGCAGUUUGGUCUACAGAGAUAUUAAACCUGAUAAUUUUUUGAUAGGACGACCCAACUCCAAGCAUGCAAAUAUGAUUCAUAUUGUCGACUUUGGUAUGGUGAAAUUUUACCGUGAUCCUGUUUCCAAGCAACACAUACCUUAUAGGGAAAAGAAAAAUCUUUCAGGAACAGCCCGUUAUAUGUCUAUCAACACACAUUUGGGCCGAGAACAGUCUCGACGAGAUGAUUUAGAGGCGCUUGGUCAUGUCUUCAUGUACUUCCUUCGUGGUAGUCUUCCUUGGCAAGGCCUUAAAGCUGCCACAAAUAAACAAAAAUAUGAGCGCAUUGGAGACAAAAAACAGAACACCCCUUUGCGUGAACUGUGUGCUGGAUUUCCAGAAGAGUUUUAUCAAUACAUGCAUUAUGUCCGGAACUUGCCUUUCGAAGCUACGCCCGAUUAUGAGUAUUUACAGUCCUUAUUUCAGAAAGUGUUAUUAAAAAUGGGCACGAACGAUGAUGGCGGGUUUGAUUGGAAUUUGCUGAACCAUGGCAAAGGUUGGCAAAGCUUACGUGCUGGUCGAAGUCCAGAUGCAAACGCACAUCGCCCAGCUAAAGCGCCUGCUCCUAAGCAAGACCCAAAAAACGUAGCCCCGCAAAAUCGUUUAAGCACCCGUAAACUUGUAUCUAACUCGUCAGCAAUGGAACAUGGUAAUUCCCAUACACAACCCAACUCAGCAAAAGCACAAGAAACACCCGAUGCGAAUGCAUUAACGAAUGAAAAGGGAAGAAACGAAAGAGUCCCUGUGUCGAGAGAUCAAGCUGGUGUACGGCCUAUGCAGGGUCCACAAGGGCAACAAAUGCAGAGAGAUGUACCCACGGUUAUUGAUACUGAACAAACCCAGAGACCUAAUAGAAUAGUCUCAAAAGAAACGCCCGGAAACAAGAAAAGAUCAUUUUGGAGAAGUCUGCUAUCUUGUUGCGCAGCACCAGCUGAGGGCGCUUAAGAUUAGCCUUCUUUUGAGGUUACGUAUUGUCAAAUUCGCCUUGACAUUUCCCAUCGUUUAUUGUUUAUAACUUUCUUUGUCGGUUCACUUCUUUUCCAAAGUACUUAAAUAUGACUUCCAUUUUUCCGUGUAUCUCCCAAAUUUGUUGACUAUUGAACGAACCAAACGGCUUUCUCCUUUUACGUUUUGUAUACGUUAUUUCUUUUUUCUAAUAAGAAAAAUUUGCGGACUUGUUAUUUCUGCUAUCCCAUUUUUUGUGAAAAAACCUUCUGCUAAAAGAGAAUAAUCUGAAUUUGAACGAAGUGUUACGGACGCUUUCAUCACAAUUCUUUGAUGUUUCUUUUUACGUGGCUUUUAUCUUUCUCUUUUCCGUAUAAACGGUCUUUUUGCGUGUGUUGCUUUCAAUUUUGCAUAUAUACAUUACGUUUUUACGAUAUGUGUCUCAUAACUACUUAGCUAAACGUUUCUUCCCAAAUCGCCGUCGGGUUCACCUCUUCAACUCAACGACUACAACCAUCAAGUGCUUGUAACCAGCAUAGAGAAGCCUUCUGUAAAUAUUAAUUGAGUUAUGCUACAUAAGUUGCAUAUUAACGACAGUUUGGAGCAAACAUUGAUUUUUGUUCACAAUGAGUAGAAGAGUCUCUAUCGUUGCAAAGUUGUCAUGAAUGUACAUUUCUUUUCUCGGGAUUUUCUCUCUUAUACUAAUUAAUUGUUUGUUUUAUUUUUUUCCUAUAAUA